AUGGGUGAGAGUCAAUCUGAUGACAAACAAGUUAAAACCUGCUGUUGUUUUCCUAGGAAAUCAUCCUCUUCUGCUCAAACCUCUCAACCUAGUAUAGCCAGUAACAUUUUGCUAACUUCUAGUAGAAGCAAUCCUGGUAAUAAUGAAAGGGCCGUAAUGCAAUCAAUAAUUGAAAAUUGUAUGAGCAACAGCAAUGGUUGGUCAGGUAAAUUGAGCACUUCUUACAAAAUCGUUUCAAACAAGCAGCCUUACGUUUUUAAGAAAUGGAAGGAUGAGGCUAUGUGUAAGUAUCUUGGCGAUAACCUGAAUGUCAUUAAUGACUUAAAACGACUAAGGCAUGGAAAUAUAAGGGUCGUCUAUGACUAUUACCCAGAUCCUGGAGGUUUACUUCUAGAAUUCCUAAAUCUAUCGCUUGACGAGCUAUUAAAAGAUAAUAAGCUGCCUGAGUGUGGAACACGAUUAUCCAUACUAUCUGAUAUAGCAAAUGGAUUGCGCUAUAUACACGAUUAUGAACUAGUUCACAAUAAUUUAAAAUGCACAAAUGUUUUGAUAAACGAAAAUGGAACAGCAAAACUGGCCGAUGGAUGUAUACAGGUAAAUUGUUCUAAGAACAUUCAGCUAGCUCAAUCUUCCAAAGUCGAUAAGAUUGGCUAUUUUUGCGAGGAAGCCCUACGUGGAAUGAUCGAUUAUUCUAACGAUAUAUACAGCUUUGGAGCAAUCUGUUUAGUUGUAGUUUCUGGGAAGGCGAUUUAUGAUAGCAAUAGGAAACCAACUCAACUGAAAGAUUAUCUGUUGAAUACUUCUUACAAAAACUGGAAAUACCUCAAGGAUAUAGGAAUAAAAUGGAAGAAAAAUAUUAACUAUCUUAAUAUUUAUCGCCCAAGAAAAGUACUACUUACUUUAUCUGCUGCGUGCCUUGCUGAAAAUGCCAAAGAACGACCCCAAAUUGAACUGAUUCGAGUCUUAGACGAUAGAAUACUCACGUUGAUUGAGGAAUUUAACAAGUUAGUCGAUAGCAGAAUGUUAUCAGUUGUUAGAAGUAGAUUGCAAGUUGUGAGUUUAAUCGGUCAUUUUAAUAAGUAG